AUGAUCUCUGCACCUCGAUACAGCGGCGCCAGUCCAGAUCCCAGCGGUACAUGGGCAGUCUACAGCUCUACCAACUAUUCCUUCGAGGACCACGAGUCAUCGUCCACAUGGAAGCUCAUACGCCUUUCAAGCGGAGAGAUCACAGAUCUGCCGCUCAAUUCAAGUGAGGUCUCGGAGAUUGUCUGGGUUGGACCAACGAACACGAGCGUCCUUUACAUCAAUGGCACAAACGAGGAUGUUCCAGGUGGUGUCACGCUUUACACGGCCGAUCUUGCGGAUUCGCCGAUCAAUGCUACACUAGUUGCAUCCCUGGCUGCACCAUUCAGUGGAUUGAAAGCUGUCUCAACAGAGUCCGGCAACAUCAACUUCGUCGUGAGCGCAAAGGCAUACGCCAACAAUGGCACCGCUUGGAAUGAAGAGCUUGCCAGCACACCACAAACCACCGGUCUCUUGUACGACAGCAUCUACGUGCGUCACUGGGACGCGUAUGUCACUCAAGAGCGGUACAACGUCUUCUCUGGAUCUUUGGUCAGCAAUGGCUCAGGACUUCAUCUGGCUGCACCACCAAAGAACCUGGUGCACGGCUUGAAUUACACCGUGACAAGGCCAGAGUCGCCAGUCGGGCCAUACUUCGACACCGGCGACUACGAGCUGAGUCCCGAUGGCUCGCAAGUCGUAUUCUUGACGAAGGCCCCGGAGCUGCCGAAAGCCAACAACACUGCCAGCUACCUCUAUUUGGUGCCUCACAAUGGUUCAUCUUUGCCAGUGGCUAUAAAUGGUCCCAACGGCACUGCUCCUGAAGCGGCCAAGGGAGCCUCAGGCGCUCCAGAGUUCUCACCAGACGGCAAGAAGUUGGCAUACCAUCAGAUGGACGGCGUGUCUUACGAAUCCGACCGGGCCAAGCUGUACGUCGCUGAUUUGGAGACUGAGGAGAUCACACCUCUUGCCGGUAACUGGGAUCGAUCAGCGUCCACGAUCAAGUGGUCUCCAGAUUGCAAUGACCUGUGGGUUGCUGCAGAUUCGAUUGGAUCCACCCGCCUUUUCGUGAUCCCAGCAGACGCAUCCGCAGACUUCCAGCCGACGAACAUCACCGAUAUUACGUCUGUGACUGACUAUUACAUCCUCCCUGACAACACGGCUCUGGUCAACGCCAACUCGGUCUGGGCAUCUUGGCUUCUGUACACUCUUACCCCUGGAGGAGAGUCGAGCUACCUGUACAAAUCGAACGAGAAAGACGCCAACUUGGCCGGUCUCGGUCCUGAAGAUAUUGGCUAUUUCUGGUAUAACGGCACUCUCGGCGACUCGCAACAGGCGAUCAUCGUGUACCCUGAAAACUUCAACUCCAGCAAGGUCUACGACCUGAUCUUCUACGUCCACGGCGGACCACAAGGAUUCACCGGCAACCAAUGGUCGACUCGCUGGAACCUGAAGACAUGGGCAGACCAAGGAUACGUUCUUGUCGGACCAAACCCAACCGGCUCAACGAGCUACGGCCAGCUUUUGACUGAUCGUAUCCAAGGCAAAUGGGGCGGUUGGCCAUACGAAGAUCUUGUCAACGCUCACACCUACGCCUGUGAAAAUCUGCCAUACGUCAACUGCAGCAAUGCUGUGGCAGCCGGUGCCUCAUAUGGUGGCUACAUGACGAACUGGAUUCAGGGCCACGACCUCGGCAACGAGUUCAAAGCCAUUGUCGGCCACGACGGCGUUGCAACGACAUACGCCGACUACAGCACCGAUGAACUCUGGUUCGUGAACCACGAGUACAACGGCACGGUCUGGGAUCCACGCAGUCGCCCCGUCUACGCUGAAUGGGACCCUCUGAAGCACGCGGAAAACUUCUCCACGCCUCACUUCCUGGUCCACAGCGAGAUGGACUACCGCCUGCCAAUCAGUGAAGGCUUGGCCAUGUUCAACGCUCUCCAAGUUGUUGGUGUCCCGAGUCGUUUCCUGACAUUCCCAGAUGAGACGCACUGGGUGUUGAACCGUGAAAACAGCCUGUUCUGGCACCAGGAGAUCUACAACUGGAUCAACUACUGGACCGGCAAGAUCGAUAGCUUGGACGACAAAGCUAUUACCCAGUAA